GCCACGAGGAGAGAAAACAGGACAUGAAAAGGGGGCUUCUGUCGAAAAGACCGUGAGGUGCAAGGUCGAAUAUGAGAGAUUGGUUGAACGGGGCACUUUGCGUGGUAAUAGCUGGUCGGCAAUAGUACUAUGAUUUGGUAUGUGGCCACUCUGAUAGCAAGUGUAUUCAGCACCAGAGGAACGGCCGCUCAAGGUGCCCACGGAGUGAGAGAGGAGCCCCGGUUUGUGACGGCGCGCGCCGGAGAGAGCGUGAUCCUGGGGUGUGACGUGUCCCCUCCCCUGGAUGGCCAGCAGCCUCCCUAUGUGGUGGAGUGGUUCAAGUUUGGAGUGCCUAUUCCCUUCUUCAUCAACUUCCGCUUCUACCCUCCUCAUGUGGAUCCAGAGUACAAUGGUAGAGCCUUUCUGUAUGAGAAGGCUUCCCUUAAAAUUGACCCAGUUCGCUCCGAGGACCAGGGCUGGUACGAGUGCAGGGUCCUGAUGCUGGAGCAACAGUACGACACCUUCCACAACGGCAGCUGGGUGCACCUCACGGUCAACGCCCCGCCUUCUUUCACAGCAACGCCACCUCAGUAUGUGGAGGCGAAGGAAGGGGGAAGCACCCUGCUCAGCUGUUCUGCCCAGGGAAAUCCAAAACCAAUGAUCAGCUGGGUGAGGGAGGGGGAGGAGCUCGCCACCAACGCCAAAUAUUCGGUACACGAUGGCAGUCUGACCAUUCUUGGCAUCACUCGAGAUGACAGAGGGGCGUACACAUGUCGAGCCUACAGUGACCAGGGAGAGGUUCUCCACACCACCCGUUUGCUGGUUCAAGGGCCUCCAUAUAUCGUCUCCCCACCAGAAAACGUCACUGUAAACAUAUCCCAGAAUGCACUCUUCACCUGCCAAGCAGAGGCGUACCCUGGCAACCUGACUUACACCUGGUUCUGGGAGGAGGACAACGUCUACUUCAAGAAUGAUCUGAAGCUCCGAGUGCGCAUCCUCAUCGACGGCACUCUCAUCAUCUUCCGGGUCAAGCCGGAGGAUGCUGGGAAAUACACCUGCAGUCCGAGCAACAGCCUCGGCAUCUCGCCCUCGGCAUCGGCCUACCUGACUGUUCAGUACCCAGCCAGAGUAAUCAACAUGCCUCCGGUCAUCUACGUCCCACGGAAACUGCCAGGCAUCAUCCGCUGCCCGGUGGAUGCCAACCCACCCGUGACAUCAGUGAAGUGGGAGAAAGAUGGUUAUCCUCUCAGAGUGGAGAAGUACCCCGGUUGGAGCCUGAUGCCAGACGGAAGUAUCCGGGUGGCAGAGGCUACAGAAGACUCCCUGGGCACCUACACCUGCGUGCCUUACAACGCCCUGGGUACCAUGGGCAUGUCCCCCCCUGCCACCUUGGUGCUAAAGGAUCCCCCUUACUUUAAUGUGAGGCCUGGGGGGGAGUACCGUCAGGAGGCUGGGAGAGAGCUAGUUAUUCCCUGUGCUGCUUCUGGAGACCCUGAUAUACCAACCAUCAGCUGGAGAAAGGUGGGGAAGCCAAGCAAGAGUAAGCACAACAUCCUACCCAGCGGCAGCUUACAGUUUCUGUCCCUCAGCAAGGAGGACCACGGAGAAUGGGAGUGUGUAGCCACCAAUGUGGUCACAAGCAUCACUGCCAGCACGCGUAUCCUAGUCAUCGGCACCAGCCCACACGCUCCUGGUAAUAUCCAUGUUUUGCCCUCAACGACCUUUGCUAAUGUGUCCUGGGAACCAGGUUAUGAUGGCGGCUUCGAGCAGACGUUCUCUGUUUGGUACGGUCCAGUGUCAAAGAGAACAGACUUCGGUCCUCACGACUGGCACUCGAUGCCGGUUUCUGGUGCUCAGACCUGGUUGGUGGUGCCAGGGCUGGAGCCUGGGACGGAGUACCAGUUCAGUGUGUUGGCACAGAACAAACUGGGCACAGGCCCAUUCAGUGAAGUUGUGACAGUCAACACUGCAGGCUCCCCUCUGGGUACCCCAGAACCACUGGUGCUUCUUACUCCACCACGGUGCCUCACAGCCAAUCGCACGCAGCACGGUGUCCUCCUCACAUGGCUCCCUCCAGCAAACCACUCUUCGCCCAUCGAUCGUUACAUCAUGGAGUUUCGCCUUGGAGAGCGGUGGGAGGUUCUGGAUGACCUGAUCCCAUCCACUGAGACCGAGCUCAUAGCGAGAGACCUUGUUCAGGAGUCCUGGUAUGAGUUUCGGGUGAUGGCUGUCAUGGAUGACCUGAUCAGUGAAAGCAGCAACGUAGUGGGUGUGUCCAGCACAGAUCCCUUCCCCCCUGCUGAGUUGCCUGAUGAGGGGCUGGCACGGCCCGUGGUCGCGGGUGUUGUGGCAACAAUCUGUUUUCUGGCAGCAGCAGUACUGUUCAGCACUCUGGCAGCUUGCUUUGUCAACAAGCAGCACCGCCGCAAACUCAAACGUAAACCAGAUCCUCCCUUGUCGGUGACACACUUCAGGAAAAGCAUUGAGUCACCGUUAUCUUCGGGGAAGAUAAGUCCAGAGAGCUCCCCUCCAUCUCGGCCCCGCUCUCUCUCUUCAGAGGGUUCACACGGUCCAGGCCUGUACGUUAGGAAGCUGCCCAGCCCUCAGAGAGAAAAAGACAAAGAGCUCUCCUUCUACAAGAAAACCAAGCGUGCCAUAGCCAGCAAGAAAUACAGUGUGUCCAAGCAUGAGGCUGAAGUCACUACACCGAUUGAGCUGAUAAGUCGUGGCCCCGACGGCCGUUUCGUCAUGGAGACCAGCCCGCCACCCCGCCGCAUCCAGGGCUUCCCCUUCGCAGAGGAGUCUGACAUGUACCCUGAGUUCCGGCAGUCUGACGAGGAGAAUGAUUUUGACCCCGGGCCUCUGCCGCCCAUCAUGCCCACGCUGCGGCCCCAGCUCUCCCCAACGUCCUCCAGCCUGGAGUCAACGCAGCCCCCCACCUACAGCCCCCGCCUACACAGGCCCAUGGAAGGUAUGAGCUUUGCAGAGGGCAGUGCACUUCACGCCUCAGGGCAGGCCCCCGCCUCCCGCUACAGGGGCUUUCCCCAGGGCCCAUUCUAUGGGUAUCUAGGCAGCCGCACUGAAUCAGGGAUCCCACCACCAUUCUACAUGCCUGACAUCAGCCCGCGUAGCUCCGCUCUGUCCUCCCCCCCAGGCACUGCCGAGGGGCCCUUUGGUUACCCCUCCAUCCCUGAGGAGAGCGGAGAGAUGGAGCACCAUCAGUACACCGCCUCUGGCCAUUCUCUGUCUCACACUCACAGCCCUCCUCCUCGUUCACCUGAAAGCUGGCAGCCUCAUGAGUUACCCUUCCUGGGCUUAGAGGGCCCACGGUUCAUAUACCCACCCCACCAUCCCUUACAUCACCCCCAGGACCUCCCUGACCCACCCCCAUACCCUCCCCAUACUCUCCCCCCAAGUCGUCUGCACUUCCCAUCCCUAAAGGAUCCAACUAGCCCUGGACUCCUGCAGCUGGAGGUCCCAGUGGCUCCCUCUGGCAGAGAUAGGCCCCUGGGGCCCCCGGUUAGGCGUUUAGCUAUGCAACAGGCCCAAAGUCUCGGCCAGCUCAGACACACGGCCCACGGUGUGGGUGUACCAGUGUUGCCUUACCCUGACCCGGCAGCCCGCGCAGGGAGCCCAAGCACAGCCCCCAGUAGUAGCCCUCAGUCCUGGCUCAGCCCGAGGGCAGGGCGCCGGGCAGACCCCAGCCUCCCCCCACUAGUACUCCAGCCCUCCCGCCUGUCACCUCUCUCCCAAAGCCCCCUUAGCACCCAACCGGGCUCCCCAGACAUUCUCGUGCGGCCCCCUCCACGCCCCAGCAUCCUCCGCACCUCUCGGUCUCUGGAGAUGCCUGAGAUCACCCUCCAGCCCUCGGCUACUGUCAGUUUCUCUCGGAGGUCCUCCCUGACCGCCUCCCCUACUCAGGGUCAGGGUGCCAGGCAGCCCAGCCCCAGUUACCACGCCCACAUGUCGUAUGCCUCUACUGCAGCCAGUUACCCCUCCCAGUCCCCCUCUCCCCCUCCAGAGGGCAGGGAUGUGUUCGGGCAGAGGCCAUCCCAGAGAAGGACAGAGGAGGAGAUGCUGCCCUCAGAGCCCUCUCAGCUCCAGAUAUCAGCCUCAGGGGAACCUCUAGGUGCGUCUAGUGAUCCUGCCGGGUCUGAGAGCUUACCAGCACUGCUACACCACUGUAUUACUAAAGCCAAGGGCGUGGCUGCCAACAACAAUAACAACGCAACCUCCGGAAGGAGAACAGGUGUGUGUCCUUCUCAGACCCAGCAGCAAUCUCAGACACCCCAAGAGGGAGAGGAUCCCAGCCUCCACAGGAAGAGAAAAAAGCAAAAGAAGAAGAACCCCUAUCUCUAUUUGACCUCCUUACUGCACCGCAGGAAGUCCGAGGAGGACCAGACAGGCAUUCUGGCCAGUGCAGACUCCGAGGGCCCAAAUUAUGGGACUCUACGCUGACCUGUGUGCCCACCAAGCCAUUGGACUCGACUAAACUGACCUCCCCGAUUCAAAAAAAAGACCUAACCUCAGCUCUCCUUGCUCCAAGCUAAUACAUUUCUUAUAAUCUCUAAAAAGUUCUUUCAGGAGCGGGGGAAACAUCCAGCUGAAUACUCCGGGAGGUUGGAAAUCUUAUAUGAAGACAAGAACAAUGGCUUUUCUUAGUUGUCGCCACCGCUUGUCUCUGAGGAAUUUGACUUGAAAACGGACUUAUAUAAUGUAUAUAAACUAGUAAAACAAGGGAAUUAAGCUUCCUCCUACAGUAAUAAAAAUGUGUUGGUUGAGUAUGUCACAACACGUUAAAGAUUUUUCACCCAUUGGUCAUUGAGGGGUCCAUAUCUUUAGGUUUUUCAGUGAUACAGUGUACUGUGAAGCCUGGUGCGUCCUCACACAGGGACAUGAGUCUACCUUUCCUACAAUACAAAUAGUGUCAGUAUAUAAACACAGGGUUCUUACCACAAAAUAUACCUCAGAGUAAACGCAGAGUUGCUGUAAUUCUUGUGGUAUACUGUACGUACUUUACCUUUUUACAUAUGGCUAAAAAGGUUUAUAUCACACUCACAUUCAAACAGAUAAUAUGGCCUAACUUUAUCUAAUUUAGAAGCUUUUUUAUUAUCAGAAAUAGCUGGCUGUUUGUUUUGAUCCAUGAUUCAACCACUAGAGGACUGUCUUAAUUUUAGUGUUAGGCGGCUCAGUGUGUUUACACUCAUCGUCAUAGCCAGAUCAUAGCCUUCAUUAGGAAAAUAAUUGGGACUUACACGCUCAUCAGAAGUUGGACUUGUCGGGUUUUAGAAGAACAGGGUGAUGAAAUGUGAAGUGUACUGUAUGUAAUUCAUUCUUAAGGAAUCAUUUGUGAAAUGUGGCACAUCUCCAGGUGCCUUUUUUGCCUUUUCUCUCUUUUAUUUUCUAACAUAAACUGCCUUUUUCCUUCGCCUUCUCAUAUUUGUCUCUCCAGGGGGUGAGGGGAGUGAGGGACUCCGAUACUACGUGUGUUUUUACUUUUUCAGCCAAGGACACAUGAGAGAAAAUGCUACCGAGGAUGCAUAACUGUUUUCUUGUUUUUUUUCUACAUUUGUAUCGACUUUAAAUGGGUACUUGCUUUGACUGUGUUUGUCUGAGUUAGAGGAAAGAAUCAGAAUACCCGUGCAAUGAGAAAAAAAUAAGUUCCUGCUCAAAGAAGGCAAAAAAGUGUAAAAGUACAGAGGUGCUGUACAUGUUCAGACAAUGUGUUAAUGUUUAACAAGAAAUGUUUAAAGGAGAAUGUGAUUGCUUCAUAAAGCUGUUAAAAAGCAAUGGGAAAUCUUAAAACAAUGGCCACCCUGACUGUUUAUCUUUAACAAACUGUAUAUUACUUGCUAGCUACUUCUUCUCUGUAUGUUUGUUAAUUUUUUUCAACACUAACCGAUAAUGAAUGUAUGUUUUGCUGUACAGGAAAUGAAUGUCCCGAUGUCACAGUACAUUGAAUGACCCAUUGAAACAAUGUUUAAAGUGCAGCUGUGAUUGGUGAAAUGAGCAGUCGGUGCACAAAAAAAUGUUUCCCUUCUUUGUAACAACUAACCCCGAGCUCUUUUUGUUCCGAUGGCUCCAGGUUUCUUUUUAAAGGCCAACACCCAUCCAAAAACACAUCAGAUAUGUUUCUAUCUGCUACCAACAAAUCCGAGGUUCUCCGACAUAUAUCUACAUGGAUGAAUCAACUCAAUGUCUGCUUACUGAAAUCUCUUCUGACAAGUGAGAAAGUGAUGAUUGCUUGAAAAGUGAGCGUCAAAGUGCAUAGUCUACUUUAACAAAUUGGUUUAAUGUACAGUAAGAUAUUAGCGGAAAAAAUCUAUAUUUGUUAUGUACUCUACAUGGUAUGUAUUGUAUUUGUAAAGAUGAAUCAAAACCAUGUUUUACAGGAAUAAGUUCUUGUGAGAGGAUGUAUGAAAAGAAGGGAGGGAUCCCUAUGAAAAAGAAAUUAGAUUAUAUAUCAAAGUAUUUGCUUACAGUACGGCUUUAAGUGGAUAAUGUUUCUAAAACAUUUUAAGGUGCCUCAUUUGUCAUAUUUUAGCAGAUAUUAUUUUAUCUGAGAAGAAAAAGAAACCUUAAUGUUAGUACCGUACGAUGUAUUAUUGCCAUAGCCCGCUGGCUGCACAAGUUACGUAGUAUUUUCUCUGAUGUAUAGUACGUGAAUGCCCACUGGAAAAAGCUUUAGAAGCAGAAGUGUGUUUCCCUCUAUAAUAAUAUUUCCAGAACAACCGUAUUUCGCCCGUUCAUGAGCACACAUGUAGAUUCAGUCCAGAUCUGUCGCCUUCAGGUGUCCAAAGCAAAUAAAACUGAAGGAAGCGUCUUUUUCUAAGAGUCGCGGACAUGCUGUAGUCAUGUACAAACCGUGCUGUGGAGGAAAUUGUGUUUACAUUAGUUUGAUACAGAGAAAGUGUGUUAGGGCAUAGUUGCUUUGAACAUUACGACUUGGUGCUAUGUUUAACUUUGUGGUGCUGUAGAUUAGAGGUCUCAAGAUUUUUGUUUUUCUGUUUCUGAAAGCAACUCUUCGGGGCCCGUUGUGUUCGAGCGACUAAAGUAGCUCUCGUAGACACUAUGGGUCCUUAUUAUAACAGUAUCAUGGUGUGAUGACAGUGAUAGAAAAUACUGGAAAAAUAGUAGUAUAACCUUGAAUAAUAGAGACUUUGUGACAUUCAAAAUGAACUCAAAGAUGACCUGUUUUCUAUCGUGUGUUUGCAAUGUCUGUCUGUGCUUCCAAGGUACCCUCUCUAAAGUAUAUCUGUGAUGAGAAUAUUAACCCAGCCUAAAAAGGAGAAACAUAACCUGAUUUAGAUUAGCCAACAGGACACAUGGGAGGGAAUCUAAGAGCACUGUCAGGUCACGAGAAGGGGGAAAUUUUUCUACACACUUCCUGUAGGUCAGCCAUCUUUGGUUAACAGCACUGUUUUUCAAGCACACUACUGCAGGGAGACGGGGAAUAAAUCCGUCUCACAUCAUCUCACCACUGUUUUUUGACAGUAGAUUUCCUACUAGUACUGUACAGUAUAGCCAUGAGUAGUCAUCAGACCACGUUUGUAUUUAUUACUGCUGAUUCUCCUGGUUGAAAGGUAUCAAUUGGGAAGGCUCAUUUAUCCUCCACAUGGGUUUUUAAUGAAUGGAUGUUGUCUUCCGGGCUCUUUUUUGCAUAUUCAACAGAAACAUGUACAGUGUUUUAAGAGGGCUGCUUUGGACGUACUGUUAGCUCAAUUAUUUUCAGUUUUUUGUUUUGUUUUUUUUCUUUUCCAACUUUUCUGCUUACAGCUUUUAGGGCAUCACUAGGUGCUGGUAGGAUGAUACUUAGAAACCUAUUUGAUUUUUUAUUGUAUUAAUCUUGCAUGUAGAGACAAUACAACAAAAAAGACUAAAAAAAACGCCUAUUUAGCAAUCAUUCAUGGACAUCUGAGCUGGUUGUUAUUGGAUGGAAAAUAGAAAUAUGUAGUAUUUUCUAUAUUCUCUGUUUUUUCAUGUGUACCAGCACUGAGAAACUAGAAUGUAUUAUUAUUAUUAUCGUAGGCUACAAUAAGCACUACAUCGUUGACUGUUUUAGCUAAUGCUCAUACUCAAGCAAACCAAGUAGUGCUUAAAAAGGAAGAAAAUUUAAUACAUUUUCAUUUCAUUGUCAUCCACUGACUCUGUGCUGUACAUUACAUGUUUACAUUCUGUAUCAUAUGUUUAUUCUGUUCUUUUUUGUACAUAAUUUGUCUCCAUAAUGGUCUUUAAUGUUCAUAUGUAAAUAAUUCAAAGCAAAAACAUUUUUUUACUUUUUAAACCUGAUAACCUGAUGUUUAGCUCUUUCUGUCAGUUUUUUAGACUUGUCAUUCUGUUCGGUCACUACAUCAGGUGUUAUGCUUCACUAAUUUUUAUUUGUGAGCAAUUAACUCAUACUGUAUGGUGCUGUACCAAAGCCUUAUGUAUAAUAUUUGUAUUACUUUCUCUCUCGUUUGCCACUGCUGUCCAGUGAAUUCUGUAUCGUCUGAGAUCAUGUCUUACUCACUCUUCAUGUUCAACUGCCAUGGAUCUCCUUUCUUUAUUGAGUAAACUGAAUGAACUAUGUGAUUGAAAAAACACUCACUCAAGGCCUGUUACCAACUGGCCUGGAUAUAAAGUGACAGUCACCAUGAAAAGCCUUCAUAGGGAAAAAACGCACAGGCUCACUCCUGGUGGCUCAUCAUGACGUA